AAGGCCCUCUCCCUCAUCUCGAGGCGGGAACCGCUCCCGAAUAUUCUAGAAGCUUCGGGAAGGGCGUCCCCCGCGCGUCGCCUCUCUGCUCUCCUCUCCACCCUCUCUUCAUGGUUGCGUCGGCGGCGGCGGGGGCGAGCGGCGAGCCCCAGAAGAAGCUCCCCUCCUGGCCCUCGAUGGUCCGCGACUUCGCCACCGACGAGUCCCACGGCGAGCGCGGCAUGUCCGUCCUGAAGCUGCGGCUCGACGGCGUGCGCUCUGCCUACGACGCGGCCGCGGCGGAGCUCGAGACCGCGAAGCGCGCGCGGGAGGACGCGGAGCAGGAGCUCGGCGGGAACCAGGUGCAGGUCGCCAUCGCCGUGGUGUCCAUCCACGGGCUCGAGGCGACGAUCUCGCACCUCCAGGAGGAAAUAUCGCAGGUGCGCUCUGAUCUGGACGCGCUUAAGGGCAAGGGAGACAUUGAGAGGGAUGAGUUCAUCAGCCAGAUGGAUCAGUUAAACACAAAGAUAAGGAAGUUCCAGCAGAUGGUUUCUGUAGAAUUAAAUGGUAAGAAGUGCUCUGAGCUGUCAUCAGGAGAAGGCCAACAGGUCACGGAUUGGAGUGAGGUCAUUGAGUUAGAAGGUAGUUUCGAAGAGUUGAAUGGAAAUGUGAGCAAUGCUGAUUCUGAGAGGUCUCUCUUUGAAGAACAAUAUGAAAAAGACGAUCAUGAUAAGGUGACAGGCAAAGAAUGUCACAGAAAAGGCUUUACCUUCCUCCGUUCCACAGGCAAGUUUGAGAGCAGCGAUGAAGGCUCUACUUUUAGCGAUGAUGAGACCAUUUUAGAGUUACUGCCGUUAGGACCAUCCACUUCACGCAUUUUGGUGGCAUCCACUUCUGUCAACAAUGGCCAAAAUAUAUAUGCCUCUGACCAGCCACUAUCUACAUUACCUCCACUUCCUGAUUUGGAGAUACCCCAAAGAAAGGGUCCCUUGUGUAUUGAUGGCGAUGCCAAUGAAAGUGACAAUGAUGAUACAGCUACAACCAGCAGUCAGGGGUCCUACAUUGAGCUUCAUACCAUUCAGGAUGAGUAUGUGAUAGGAGGUCCUUCUUGGGAAGCAAUGAUUGCGCCAAUUACUGGGCUCGCUCUAGAGGAGGAGGAGGAGUUGAUGAUAGAGGGUCAAAUCUUACUGGCCAAUGAUCAGAAAGCGAACCGCCUCAUCACUUUGUUUGAUGAGGAGGAAAGAGCCAUGGUUCGAAUGCUAGCUGCUCUUGGACAGCCAUUACUGACAAUGGGGACGUUUCCAACAUCAAGGAGUUUCCUACUCAACCUUCCCCUGAUAUUUGUUUGCAAGGAGAAGGACACAGAAUGCUCCAUCUGCAAAAGCACGCUUGCUACAAAAUAUAGAUGUCAUGUGCACGCCUCCCUUGUCAACACGUAUUCCAUAUGCAAUGCAUACUGAAGUGGCUCUUGGCACAACAUACCUGUCCAGUUUGCCGAUAUGAACUCCCAGUAAAAGACAUUCAGGGGUAACAAAAGAUGAAUUAUGCUCUACACAAAGGAUGGAAAAGUAACAGAGUAUUAGAGUCCAUUCCCAUGAGCUAAAAAUGAAGCGGGAAAAGUGAUGCCAGUACUCUUCCUGAUGUCCCAUAAGUCCAAAUUACUUUCUUCACCUUCUGAAAUGAUUAUUGACUUGCCAUGUAGGUUUGCUGAUUGAACAGAAAGAAGUAUCAUGUACUAAGUAAGCCGACCAGUGCUAAUCCAGGAGAAUGCACUAUCUGAUGAUAACUGGACAUGCCAAUAGAGUGCUGAACUGCUGAUCAACUACUGCUUUUCUUGUCCAGUUUUUUCUGAUGAAACUGCGAUCUAGUAUUUUCUUUGUUUGGUUUACCGUGUAAACAUAUUGAUUAUCUUCCUUGAUCAUGUCUUCAUGAUAUACAUUGCAACAUGGCCUACUUAUGACCUCCUGGGCAUUGGCAUGAAACUUUGAAAGUUCAUGCAUUUUGUUUCCCUUAGUAUCAGCAAGAUUAUGGUCCAAAAAUUACCUCUGGAGAAUUGGCAUCCUCAUAUUUAGCUUAUAUAGUGGCAUUCGUUUA